AGUAUCAUUCCCUGAUUGUUGUCGUUCGAAGUCAGGCGCUUUCUUCUCGUUAUAUUUAUACAAAUUAUGGGUCUAGCCACAGUAAUUGAGAAUGAGGGCCAUUUCCAACACGAAAUGGCCAACGCCGGCACGAAACUGGUCGUCGUGGACUUUACGGCGACUUGGUGUCCGCCGUGCCAGAGGAUCGCGCCUUUCUUUGAGCAGCUGCCAGCCAAGUUCCCUAGGGCGGUAUUCCUAAAGGUGGACGUAGACCGCUGUGCAGAGACGGCAGCGGCGCAAGGCAUCAGCGCUAUGCCCACUUUUGUUUUUUACAGAAAUAGAACAAAGAUUGACCGGCUACAGGGGGCUGACCCGGCAACUUUGGAGAGCAAAGUGAGACACUACUAUGGAUCUGAUGAUGCUGGUGAUGACGAUAAUGCAGUUGCCGGCCAUAUGGACCUCGGAACGUUCAUCACCAAGAGUGAGUGCGAGUGCCUCAACGAGGCUGAUGAGCACCCGCUGGCGCACGCGCUGACCAGCGGCGGCGGCUACCUCGCCAGCGACUGCGAUGAGCAGCUCAUCAUCAACAUUGCGUUCAACCAGCUGGUGAAGCUGCACUCGCUGAAGAUCAAGGGCCCCGCCGAUAAGGGUCCCAAGUUCGUGAAGCUGUUCAUCAACCAGCCGCGCACGCUGGACUUCGACCAGGCCUCCGGGAACAACUCGGUGCAGGACUUGGAGCUCGCUCCAAACGAUGUGGAAGGCAACCCGAUCCCCCUCAAGUUCGUCAAGUUCCAGAGUGUCCAGAACAUCCAGUUGUUCAUCAAAGACAACCAGUCCGGCGGUGACGUCACGCAGAUCGACCACCUGGCCUUCUACGGCACGCCGGUAGCCACCACCAACAUGGGAGAGUUCAAGCGCGUCGCCGGCAAGAAGGGCGAGGGUCAUUAGACUAGCCUCAGCUUUAGGGAUUUGGUAGGGUGGUACUAGAUAGCUUUGAGUAUAAAUGGAUGCUAUCCGUAAAGCUUAAAUCUUAUAAUAAAGAAAUGUCGAAGUGUUUUCACAUUAUCCGAUCUGAUAUCAAAUGUACUAAAGCAAUCUUUGCUAUCCUUGCUUCAUCUGAUAUCGGAUGGGAUAUCGUGAAAACGCCGUCAGUUGCAGAGAAAAAGGGCUUUGCAUUGAAGUUUGAAUGCAAAGGUGCUAAGCGAAAAUUAUUGACUACAGUACCUAACAGUUAGGCCUCUUGUCCACGACACGGUUAUUCAACCGUACGGCGUGUUAGUCGUACGGUUGAAAAAACGUGCGAGCUUGUACAUGACACGGCAAAACCACCGGAGAGACAUUGGCCAAGUACGGGCUAGUAGCGUUUAUAUCCCGGGUUGUGCCGGGGCCGGGACGUGCUACUUUAAUGAAUUUUCUUACGAAAAAAAAAAGAUUAUCGUUGCUUAAUUACAUAAUAGGAAACGGAAAAAAAAGGAAAGACGGUUUUGGAUAUAUCCGAUUUUAGAAAAAAGGCAUAUUUAAGCCGCUUAGUUUUAUAAUCAUCUAUGGUCUUAUCCCAUAUUAUUGGCCUUUCUUGAAUCAAUGUAAUUAAUAAUUCUUGAUUUAUGCUCAUUUUAUAACAAAAUCGGGAAUCAGCGUAUGUAAACAGGCACGAAUCCGUGCAUACGUCCGGUGCCGUCAACACACUCCCGUAGACUGCUAUACAACACUGAUGAAAAUCACGCCGUGCGUACGCGGCGAGCCGAGGGGCAGUCACGGCGCACACGGCCGCGGCGCGACCGUGCGCGUCUACAAGCUUUCAUAGUGAUCCAUACAACACUGACGCGACCGUGCCUACACGCGGCGAAUUAACCGUAGAUUUUCACGGCGAUAAACCGUGUCGUGGACAAGAGGCCUUAAGGCUCUUUCCUGUCUUAUCAGUACAGCACUAGUUUGGCAAACAUUUCCGUCAGUAGAACAACGACAAAUUUAAACGCGGUAUUGUAUACCGAUUGGCGUUACGGAUUAAGAAUGAAGCCUAUCAGCCUGCAAGGUGGCAAUACUAUUUUCGUACCGAUCUAUUAAGCUAGGAAUAUACUACGCGGACGUCCGCGGUCGCGCGACCGCGACCGAUCAGUGUGCACGGUCUUCGGGACGUGGCUUCGGCUGACCAAAACAUCCAGCGAGCCAGAUUUCGAUCGGACGUCCGUGCGCUUAAGGCCACGUCCAUGACCGACGACCGUAAGUUUGCACCGUUAAGUGUAUAUUCAUUGUCUAGAUCCGCGUCCGCGGUCGCGACGGCGGACGUCCGCGUAAUAUGUUCUAGGUUGUCUGGAAGAGAUCGCUCUUUAGCGAUAAUACCGUCUCUUGUUUUACCUCUUAAGUUGUUGUUUAUACUUGCUAUAUUGUUUCGUGUAUUGAGGUGUGCAAUAAAGAGUAUUUGUAUUGUAUUGUAUGUUCCUAGCUUUACUGUAAGUCAGGAAGAGCCUUAGGUUAUAGAAAUUUAUGGAUAAAAAGUAGAUUUUUAAACACAUUCAGUGACAGUGUCCGAUGAUCUGGUUCUGUACGUUUUUUAUAAUAUAUACGAGAUUUUGCAUGUUAUCUAGGCUCGUGCUGGCGCCGAAUGUGUUAAUAUGGUAACUUAUAAAUCUAUUUAUAUUCAGGCUAAAGUGACUGCUGGCUAGUAUCACACCUUGGCUACGCAACACAAGGGUAUGCAAACUUAAAAUCAUAUUGUACCGUAUGAAUGAGAAAGUAGCCUUAUUCAUAAGAAAUGUUACUGAAGUUAAAAGUGUACUGUCCCUUUGUCAUAAGUACAUAAGUCAACAUGACAGAUAAAACAAGCGAAUAUUAGGUAAUUCAAGAUUAUAAAGUGUUUAUGAAUAACGCCAUUAGUCUUGAGUUUGCAGCACCAUUGACUUUAUAACAAAAUAGUGUUAUCAGUUGCAAAGGCUUGAUUAUAUUUCAUAAUUAGAUAAUGAAUGAAUUAUUAAACAAAAUAUAUUUACGAUAAUCUAUGUUGUAGUUCGAAUUAUGGUUCAAGUGAUUAUGUGGUUAAUU